AUGUCGCGCGCCAUGGACGAUGAGGAGGUGAUCACCGAGCUUAAGAAGAUGGUAGCCUUCAUCCGUCAAGAGGCGGUUGAAAAGGCUCGUGAGAUUCAGGUCAAGGCAGAUGAAGAAUUUGCCAUCGAAAAGGCUCGAAUUGUUCGCCACGAGAGCAUGAACCUCGAUGCACAGUUUGAAAAGAAGAAGAAGCAGGUUGAGGUGUCCCAAAAGAUCGCCAAGUCGAACCAAAGUAAUAAGGCUCGUCUUGAGAUUCUGAAGGCCCGUGAAGAGAACCUGCAGAACUUGUUCUCUGACGUGCAAGACAAGCUGGGUGAGCUUAGCAAGGACGCCAACAGCUACAAGGAACUUCUGGAGAACUUGCUCUUGGAGGGGCUGUUCAACCUUCAUGAGCCCACUGUGGAAUGCAUCGUGCGCUCUACUGAUGUUCAGACUGUUCAGGGGGUCGUCGAUGCCGCUUUGGAGCGCUACAAGAAGACGACUGGCCGUGUAUCCAAGGUCGAGGUGAAGGAGGGUCUUUCGAAGGACGCGUACGUAUAUUUGCAUAACGACAGUGCCGGCGGCUUGCUCAUGACGGCGAAGAAUGGCAAGAUCCAGUUAGAUAACACCCUUGAGAAGCGCCUGCACUUGUUGGAGGAACAGGUAUGUCUAAGACAUGCGCCUAACUGCCAGAUUCUCCCAGAACUGCGGUUCGACCUGCUCGGCCCUAACGAACAUCGCAAGUACGUAUCGCGUCAGAGACUAACUAGAUAG